CCUGUGAAUAUUGAAAAACGCGUGGGUAGCUAGUGGAAGUGGAUAUUCAACGUUUUAAUACAAGUAAUUACGUGGCUAAAGGUACGCAGACUACAAUUUACGUGGUUUUUGAAGAAAUACAUUAUUAUCAAAAAUACUUCUCGGCGAGUAAUAAGCGCUGUGUUUGUGACCGCGUGUGUAUACGGUUUUCUGCGCAUUUAACUGCAGAGUUCAAGAUGAUGAACAACGGCAUCAGCAAAAUACAUUUCAUCAACUCCACUGGAAUGUCGCUGAACGAUCGGUUCACAGCCUUUUCCAAAGGUCCUGCCAUGGGAAUGACAGUUUCCGGACUCGAAAGACCUCCUCGCACCCGGUCCAAUUCGGUCUCUAGAAUGGAUUCAAACCGCCUGCUUGUCGAGCGCUGGGACCGUUCGAAUGCAAUGCAGUCAGCCAUGCAGCUAAAGAACACUGCCAUUCGCCGACCCGCUCGUCAGCGGCUUCAGCGAAACACUAUGGCCUUGCAAUUCAAGCGUUCCAUUGAUAAGCUGGAAGGAGGACUGCAACGUUUUCAGCGUUCAAACAGCUUCAAUAAUAUCGCAACAAUGAAUGCGGAUCGUAUUCAGUUGCAGAGGACCCGUGGCAUGACUCCAUCCAUUGCCUCUCGUCUCGGAGGUGGUGGGCAAACGCGACGUGGACGCAGUGUUUCUCGUGGUCGCAGUGCCUCGCGUACUCGCAGCACGUCUCGCGGUCGUCAGCCUUCACUUGGUCGCACAAACUCUCAGCUGGACCUACGUCGCGCCGGAUCGCGUGAACGGCUGCCCCGCGCUACUACCCCACGCACCAAUCUGACCCGCGCCGGAAGCCGCAAUCGUCUGAACGUGGCCACUCUGCUUCGCAAAGCAGUGGCACCCAAUGAUGCCCGCCGACGCCUGCUUCGUAAAACCGCCGUCCAGGCAGUAAAGGCUACCAACAACGGGGCUGCAAAUCGCAGUCGCAGCCGUAGCCGUAGCCGAAGCCGUGUUCGCGCAGCAGCCGCCAUCGCGAACACAAACGCAAACAACAACAAUAACAACAAUGUUGGAAGGGCACGUUCGCGCAAGCGGGCCAGCUCCCGGGGACGAAACGUGCGCUCGGGAAGCGUGAACAGUCGGCUCGGUACGAACCGCACCAACGAGCUGGCCGCCACAGCGGUGGCAAGUGCCCGUGGUGGUGGACGGGUGAGCAAGCGCAGCCAAAGCCGCCGCCGUCGUGGUGUGAAGAAAGCGGCCACUACCGCUGUAGCCGCCGUCGGUACGCGCGUCGGACGCCCCCUGAAGAGAGAAACUGGAAGGAAGGGAGCAGGCGGAAAGGCACAACAGCAGCAGGCUAAUGGCAACAAAGCUGCUAACGGCGCAUCCAGACGAGGACGCUCUCGAUCGCGUCGUGCAAACUCACGCGUUCGUGGACGCAGUGCUUCGAAAAAUCGCACUCCUCUAGCGAAGAAGGAACCGAAGAGCCGCGAGGAGCUGGACAGUGAGCUGGAUCAGUACAUGGCAAACACUCGGACCUUGGACAAAGAGAUGGAAGAGUACAUAAAUGGUACGGGCACGUCACGCAUCUAAACGCAUCGGAAGCAUUUCGAAUCGAACCGGCAGCGCUCUUCGUUCCGCGGAACCAUCCUGUAGAAGUAUCCCGACCAAUGAGCGGGAGAAGAAUACAAAAUCUUUCAGUUUUGUUUUAAGACUACACGUCCACCCGAGACAAACGCCCCCGGGUGACGUAGAAUAUCAAUGUUUAACGAAACAAACUCAAACAUCAUGUGUAAAUAAGACUCGCAUAGUUUUUAAUGAUCACUAUUAAAUAAAUAAUAAACGAAUUCUUUUAAAAACA